AUGGGGCUUAAAAUAAAAAUACUACGGAAUAAGAAAAAGUUCGAACAAUCCACGCCCUAUUACAUCAAAGAAGAUUUCCCCCCUGAAAUACUCAGCAAACGAAAGAAACUCCAAAAAGAAGUUAACAAAGAAAGAGAACAGGGACUGUCAGAAGUUAGAAGAAAAGGAAAUGAAAUUAUAGAGGAUGAAAACCAUAUUUUCUACUAUACAGGAGAGACCCAAGGACAACAUGGUGUAGGAUUCUUAAUAAAAAAGGAAUAUAAAAACAAUAUAGAAAACUACGUGAAGUUAUCAGAGAGAGUGUGCCUUCUAAACAUGAAGUUCGAUCCAAUAAAAAUAUCGAUAAUACAAGUGUAUGCGCCAACCUUAGAAGCACCUGAAGAGGAAAUAGAAAAUUUCUACGACCAAAUCGAAGCGGCUCAAAAACUUUCAAAAGGAAAAAUUAUACUAAUGGGAGAUUUUAAUUCAAAAAUAGGACAAAGAAAACCAUUAGAAAAUACAAUUAUGGGGCCAUACUGCUACGGAAUAAGAAACACUAGAGGAGAUAAACUACUCAAAUAUGCAUUAGCUAACAAAUUCACCAUAAUAAAUACAACAUUUAAGAAAAAACUUAAAAACCUAUGGACUUGGACUUCACCAGACAAGCAAUAUAAAAACCAAAUUGAUUACAUUAUGAGCAAUUGCCCUAAAUUAUUCUCAAACAUGGAGAUUUUAAAAAAUGAUAUUUUUCCUACUGAUCACAGACUACUCAGAAGCACAGUUCGAUUGGGAAAACCGAGGCGAAGCAGAACACACUUUAGUGAAGAUCAUACGGAUUUAACUUACGAGAAAAAUCAACAAGUAUAUAUAAGAACUCUACAAGAAAAAACACAUCAAAUCCAGUGGGAAGAUAGCGACAAUAUAGAGACAUUUUAUAUCAAAAUAAAGUCGGCCAUUAAACAGAGUCUAACCUCUGCUACCUUAAAGAAAACCAAGAAAGAUAUCUUAACUGAAGAAACUAAACAACAACUUAAAAGACGCUCUGCACUGCAAUCAAAACCAUGCAAAAACAAAGAGGAAAAAGAGGAACUUACAGGCCUAUAUAAAAGUACAAAUAAAAUGUUAAGAAAAGACUACGAAAAAUACAGGAUAGGAAUUAUUGAAAACAACCUGCUUACUACUGGAAGCCAGAAGAAAGCAUACAAACAACUAAACGCAGAAAAAAGAUGGAUACCAACACUGAAAACACAGAAUACAACAGAUAAACUACAAACACGAAAAGAGAUAAUAAACAUUGCUUCAAACUUUUACCAAAAUCUCUACCAGGACGAACAGAGCAAUAAAAAUACUUACGAAAAAACAGAAAAACAAGCAGAACCACCCGUUACACCUUUUGAUGUUACAGAAAUCCUGAAAAGUAUAGAUAAAUUAAGGACAGAGAAGAGCCCAGGACCCGAUAACAUCCCUAAUUUAAGCCCUAAAAAUAGGAAAAAAACAUUCUAA